AAACAGAGGCCAAUGAGCAGACUGGACUUCUGAACUGGAGGCAAGCCCCUGCCAUACAAUUGUUUCUAUCUCAAAAAGUAAUAUUGCACUCUGGCAAGCAAUAGUAUACGCAAUACUUCAAUCUUCCGAGCUAUUGGGUUCGUCCUCUCUCUCUCUCUCAAGUAGUAGCUUCCAAGUGACAUUCAUUCAGUACAGAUUCGACUCGAUUCAAUCCAAAACCCCCCAACUCAAUCUCUCGCGCUCUCUCUCUCUCUCUCUCUCUCUCUCUCUCUCUAUACAUGUAUGUAUGUAUAUGUAUAGUGGAUGAAGUAUACAUGAUCAGAUCUUGGAGAUGAGAAUCUUCUUCUUCAAGAAGAAGAAGAGGAAAUUGGAGCUCUGUAUCGAUACAAGUGUCACCAAAAAGAUCGGACUAGUUAGAGAUAGAGAGAAAGGGAUUUAUGAAGUUCUACAUAUCAGCGACUGGAACAAAGAGAGUGACGGUAUCGAGCGCCGUCGGCGGCGGCGGCGGAGCUAGCGGUGGUGUUUUGGAGGUGAUGAAGGCGAAGGGAAAGCCGGCGGGCCGGAGGUUGUCGUACCGUACGCUGUUGCCGGCGGUGGUCAUGCUUGGGUUAAUUUUGCCCUUUCUCUUCGUACGAAUUGCUUUCGUUGUUCUCGAAUCGGCCACCAUUUGCUCUUCUUCUCUCGAUUGUGUGGGAUGGAGUUUUUGGGGCGGGAGUGAUUCAUCUCUGAAGCUCAACGAAGAGCUGGUGAGGGCAUUUGUGGAGGUGAACAAUGAUGACAAGGAUAGAGUGACAGGGAUAGACAGUUCAUCGUCAUCAUUCAAGGAUCUUGUGAAGGAUGUAACAUCAAGCAACCAAGACAUCAAAGCCUUCGUUUUCAAGACCAAGGCUAUGAUGUUGAAGAUGGAGCACAAGAUUCAAUUGGCUAGGCGGCGUGAGUCCAUUUAUUGGCAUUUAGCUUCGCAUGGUGUCCCCAAGAGCCAUCAUUGCCUUUGCCUGAGGUUGGCUGAAGAGUAUGCCGUAAAUGCCAUGGCACGAUCUCGCCUACCUCCACCUGAAUUUGUUUCUCGUCUCACUAACUCUUCUUUCCACCAUGUUGUUCUUCUAACUGACAAUGUCCUUGCUGCCUCUGUUGUCAUCUCAUCUACUGUAAAAAACUCAGCCAACCCCGAGAAAUUAGUGUUUCACAUAGUCACUGACAAGAAAACAUACACUCCUAUGCAUGCAUGGUUUGCAGUAAGUUCCAUUUAUUCAGCGGUUGUGGAGGUCAAGGGAUUGCAUCAGUAUGAUUGGUCUCAUGAAGUGAAUGUUGGAGUGAGGGAGAUGCUAGAGAUUCAUCGCCUGACUUGGAGCCAUAACUACAACAAUUUAAAAGAAGAUGACUUUGAAUUUGAGGAAGGAAACAAAAGAAAUUUAGAAGCUCUGAGCCCAAGCUGUCUCUCUCUUAUGAAUCAUCUCCGGAUUUAUAUCCCUGAGCUGUUUCCGGAUCUGAACAAGAUUGUGUUCUUGGACGAUGAUAUUGUAGUACAACAUGAUUUAUCAUCCCUCUGGGAAUUGGAUCUCAAUGGGAAAGUUGUUGGUGCAGUGGUUGACUCAUGGUGUGGACGCAACUGUUGUCCAGGAAGGAAAUACAAGGACUACUUCAAUUUUACAAACCCCAUCAUAGAAUCGAACUUGGACUAUGAUCGUUGUGGAUGGUUGUAUGGGAUGAAUGUCUUUGAUCUUCAGGCUUGGAGGAAGACAAACAUCACUACAACCUACCAUCAAUGGCUUAAACUUAACCUGAAUUCUGGGAUGACAUUAUGGCGUCCUGGAGCACUUCCACCAGCCUUGAUUGCAUUCGAUGGUCACAUGCAUCCCAUUAAUUCUUCGUGGCAUUUGGCUGGAUUAGGUAAUUGGUUUCCCCCAAUUUCCCCACAGAUAUUGGAAGCUGCCACUGUUAUACAUUUCAGUGGACCUGCAAAGCCAUGGCUCGAGAUUGGGUUCCCUGAGGUACGAAGCUUAUGGAAUAGACAUGUAAAUUUGUCGAACAAUUUUAUUAGGAUGUGUAGAAUUAUGGGGUGAACAGGACAAAGUCCUCUCACUCUUCACAUAUAUUUGUUUUGGGAUCCAAAACCGGAGGUAUAGUGUGAGCCAGAGGGAAGAAGGUUUUGCCUUCAGUCUCUGUUCACUCUGAUCUCUGAACUGUAUGAAAUUGUUGUUCCAUAUAGAUAACAGAUAAGGUACGUAGUAGCCCGCCAUACACAAUAGAAUCCAGAUAUUAAAAUACCUUCAAUAUUGAGAUAUGGUUAUUGUAAAGUUAUUCUAGUCAGACGUCUAUAAAUACUUUUUCCCAAUAGUUUCUUUUGUUAUGAUUUCAAUAUUGAUAUGGAUGUAGCAAUAUUAGGUUAUUGUAAAGUUAUUCUAUUCAGACUCCUAUAAUUACUUUCUUUUCUCAAUAAUAGUUCGCUUGUUAUGA